CUGCCCCCUGCGCCGGCUACCGCCCCAUCCCGCCCUGUCAGUGUGUGCAUCUCAAACGCGUGUCCAACUACGACAAUGUCCAGGCUGGAGAUCGCUCGCCUAUGAGAGGGGCGAAGAGAGGAAACCGAUCGUCAGCUGGUUGCCAGUCUGAGAGUCUCACUCCGUUCCCGUGCUAUCAUUACCCCUUAUUCCCGGUAAAGGCACAUUUCUGUCACCCCCUCCUUCGUUAUUCCCCGGAUCCGCCGGAUCACCCGUCCCUCAGUCAGCCAGUGUGUCAAUUGUCAAAGAGUGAAGGACAGAUGGGAAAAAUAAAGCAAAUGGGAUUUAGGGAGUAAUCGGCGAGAUAUUUGGACAGCUUGUGUAAACUGACGUGAAGCGCGCUUUCGCUGGCGCGAAUAAAGUAUUAAUUGCACUACAAGGUUGCGAGCGCCUUGUGGCGCGGCUGACGGCCCUGUCGGAAGAGAUAUAAGACAAGUGAACGGAAAUGUUUCCUCGCUGAUAUCGGUGCUGGCAGUCGCAUCAGUCAGCAGGAUGGUCUCCUCUAGAACGGUCCUACGCUGCACCGCGGCGGCGGUGCUGGUCCUCGCCAUGGUCCAUGCGACGGAGGCCCAAAGAUUAAGAUCAAGGUCACAACAACAGCAGCAGCGGCAGCAGCAGCAGCAGCAGCAGCAGCAGCAGCAACAGACGUCAAGCAGCAGCAGCACUGCCUCCGGGGUGGACACGUCGUGCCCCGCGGCGCGCUCCCCGCGCUGCCAGGCCGUGCCGCCGCAGUACAGGCCGGUGGACGGCUCCUGCCACAAGGCGGACCGCGUCCUCGGCAUGUCCGGCACGCCCUACACCAGGAUCCGGAGGCCCAACUAUGCCGACGGCGUCCACGCGCCCAGAGCCGGCGUCACCCGCGCCGCCCUGCCCAGCCCGAGAGAGGUCGUGAACCGCCUGCACCCCGACGUGGACGUGCCGAACCCCGUGGUCAACCAUUUCUUCAUGAACUGGGGCCAGCUGGUGGCGCACGACAUCACGCUGCUCGACACCAACUUCCCGGAGGCCAACUCGGCGUGCUGCGCGCAGGCCGCCCGCGCCGCCAACCGCGCGACCGACUCGUGCGCCCGCAUCGACAUCCCCGCCAACGACCCCUUCUUCCGCCGCCACGGCGUCACCUGCCUCGGCGUGGAGCGGUCCGGGUCGCAGAUCUGCGAGGCGCGCCACCACGAGCAGAGAAACAUGGUGACGCACUACAUGGACGCCUCGCACGUGUACGGUUCGGACACGGCCAAGGCGCAGCGCCUGCGGGCGGGCCAGGGCGGGCGGCUGCGCGUGCGCACCAUCAACGGCGAGGAGCACCUGCCCGCCGACGAGCAGGGCGACCUCUUUGCCGGUGACGUGCGCGUCGUGGUGACGGCCAUGCUGUCCGCCGUGCACACUGUGCUGCUCCGCGAGCACAACCGCCUGGCGCGCGGCCUGGCCACGAUCAACCCGCAGUGGGGCGACGAGCGGCUGUACCAGGAGGCGCGCCGCAUCGUCAUCGCGCAGUGGCAGCUCAUCACCUACCGCGACUGGCUGCCCUGGCUCAUCGGCGCUGACGCGGUGAGCAGGAACAACCUGCGGCCGGCGCAGAGCGGCUACAGCCAGGCCUACAGCGCGCAGACCGACCCCAGGACCGCCAACGACUUCGCCGCCGCGGCCUUCCGCUCCUUCCACUCGCUCAUCCAGAACAACAUUUGGUUCGGGCGCAGUGGCCGCCAGGGCGGCACCGUCGUGGACGUCCCCGCCGACAUCGUCCUCCGGUCCGGCAUGGUGCAGGCCGUGGUGGAGGGCAUGCUGUACCAGCCCAGCCAGGAACAGGACCAGUUCAUGGCCGACCAGAUUAAGAACCGCAUGUUCGCCAACGGCAGAGCGUUCGGCGGCGAUCUGAUCGCCACGGACAUCAUGCGAGGCCGUGAGCACGGUCUUCCCAGCUACAACGAUUACCGGCAGACGUGCGGACUACGCAGGGCUAGCAACUGGCAGGGAUUCUCCGACCUCAUCAGCCAGCGGAACAUCCAGAUCCUUCAGUCUCUGUACGCCCACCCGGACGACGUGGACUACUACGUGGGCGGCCUUCUGGAGCGCCGCAGCGACACCUCCGCGACGGCCUCCAUCACGUCCCCGGUGUUCCAGUGCAUCGUCGUCGACCAGUUCCGUCGCUACAAGGAGGGCGACCCGUACUUCUUCGACUUGGCCGGCCCCGGACAGCGCUUCUCGCCAGCCCAACUCCAGGAGAUCCGCAAGCAGACGGCGUCCAAGCUCAUGUGCGACAACAUCCCGGCCCUGAACGUCGUGCCGCGCAACGCCUUCUUGAAGAUCGGAGUGCAAGGAAACAGCAACGUGCAGUGCAGCCAGCUGCCCGGCCUGGACCUGACGCCCUGGAGGGAGGGCGGCUCCAGCACUCAGCAGCGAAGCCAGCAGCAGCAACAGCAACAACCCUGCGAGCAGGCGCAGCAGGCGUCGCGGCAGCAGCCACAGCAGCAGCGGAGGAGCUGGUGGGGCUAGGGCCCAACAAGUUCAAUAAAGAUAGUCUGCAUUACUAUGA